GGAGCGUGGUUCCGAGCGCCUCGUCCAUGGGGCUUCAGGUGCUCAGCAAGGUCCCGAAGCCAGCAGGGUGGCGCCGGCGGCUGAUCACCCUGUACGUCAAAUUCGGCGGUUGCAUCUUUGUUUGCCACGAGGCUUUCUUCAUUCAUCCUGUGUGUGUGCGUCUGUGUGUGCCCGCACAUCUACUACACUCACAAGGCUGUCUUCGAUGCGCUGCCAGAGCAUCAGACUGCCGAGAAGGGCUACGCAGGCGCCCUUGCCGGUUACAUCUACGAGAACGGCCAGCUUCCCAAGCUCAUCCGCAUCGCCGGCAAGUACCACUACCAGCACUGGCACGUGUGUCUGUGCCCUAUUGUCUGUGCGUGAUCAGUUCUGGUGCGAAGAGGGCCUUGCAUCGCCGCAAUGGUCCCACCCCAUCUAUGCGCGACCAAGUGAUCAGUCUUCUGAGCGAGCGGCUGAGAUGCAAGAGGAGAGGCUGACUUCAGUAUGGCUCGGCUGCGUGUAAGUGGGACUGCAGCUGCUCCCACGGGCGUGCAUUCAUCCUCUAUGUGUCCUUUGUGUGUGCGUACAGGCUGAGGGGAAUUGCCACGGCGGCCACACGCUCCCCUCCUAUCAGCAGACUCGCACCCAUCCUCCCCGCACCGGCCGAUUUGACCCCAUCAACAGCAUCGUCGUCACGGUCAUCCACUGCUCACCCCAAGAUGUGUGCUCUUCCGUCCUCAGAUGGCUGGGAUGGGUGAGGGAGGGAGGGAGACGGGCAUCGGGGGAGGGGAAGCCAGCAGGAGCGCCGACCAGCGGCCGGACACAUCCACAUCUUCAUCGAAUCCCCCCAUCCAGCCCCCACACCCCGCAGUCAGCAUCAACGGUCGGGUGCUCGCCUCGGACGGGGCAACAGAGGCGAGUUGUUAUCAACAGCGGGGCCGACCAUGGGCUGGAUAACACGUCAACGGGCAUGCGGGCGUCUCACCCUCAAACUCUCGGCAAGCGCGACAUACAGGCACGAUAUACGUCCAGUCCGUCGGGGCCAGACGUGUCGAGGAGGCGUGGAAGGGGGGGCGCAGCCAGCAGACCUCUGUCAGAUCGUGUGGCAGCUGACUAUGCAUCCGCCGUACGUGCCGCCCUCCAGCAGACGUACAAUCCGUAUGCCGAUGCCAAGGGCGGGGUGGCGUCUACGAUUGGUGAUGUGCUCGGACGGGGGAGAUAGACUGUUCGGCAUGUGCCCUCCGUCUGAUUCGGCAGCUGGCGUCCGAGUACUUCAUGAUAAGGCUGCGAGUACCAUGGGAGGGCAACGAGGGGAUGUCGCAAAAUGGAUUGCAAGACUUCUUUGGAGGCAAGAAAUGAGUCAGUGAGUGAGCGAGUCAGUUGUUGUUGAGCGAGCCAUUCUGCCGUCCAUUGAGUGAGCAACAGGUUGUCGAGCCUGAUUGUGAAUAGCAUUCAUGUCCAUGUUCUUGAUGUGUGAGGGGGAGAGCGGCCGUACUUGUACACAUAUGGCUGUUCAGACCCUCUUGGCCGUCCGCCCGUCCGUCACAGCAGUGCCUUCGUGCCUCGAUGUGCCUCGAUCUGUGUGAGUGUGUGUGUGUGUGUGUGUGGUAUGACCGUGUCGUUGUCUGUGUGUCCCGACAAGCAAAUGUUGGCUUCAUGGUCAACAAGUC